AUGGAAUCACAUGAGAAUUUUUGGGAGACAAUUCUUAUUGAUGGUAAAUUGUAUGUGGAGUUACCUGGAGGUAUUCUUCCUGAAGGAUCCAAAGAAAGCUUGAUCACUCUCUUGGAGUAUGCAGAAGAAAAGUUAAAUUGCACCCAUGUUAUAUUGUGCUUCAAGAAGAACAGAACAGAUCGAGCCAAUCUGAUGCGAGUUUUCAGCUUCUUUGGAUUUCAAUUAGUACCACCUGGAGAUGAGCUGGUUCCAAGAGUCGAAGAAUUGAUGUUUAUGGUCUAUGUCAUUGAUGCUGAUGAUUUUUAA